GACGACGCCUCCCUCCGCCACAGACGCUUUCCAGCGAUCGAUUCCAUCACCGCCGCCCUAUUUUUAGGUCGUCUCUUCUCGCUAACGAUUGUAAUCGACGCCCUUGUGAGAAACGCCUAUCUCUGGCCGGACGAUCUCGAGAGGGAGCGCCUGUCAGCAUCUCAGAUCCCCUAGGCUACAAACUCUCAUAAAAUUAAGAUACACAUUCUUCACAGCCAUCUCAACAGAAAGGAAGAUUCUCAACCUCUCUAACGACCCAAAAAAAUGGUGAUCCGUGAACUAAGCGGAUUGAUACUAACACGAGGGCCAAAGCUUUGCAAUUUUGUAGAAUGGAAAGGAUUCAGAGUGGUCUAUAAAAGAUAUGCCAGUCUUUAUUUCUGCAUGUGCAUUGACCAAGAUGAUAAUGAAUUGGAGACGUUGGAGAUCAUUCAUCAUUUUGUUGAGAUAUUAGACAGAUACUUUGGAAGUGUCUGUGAGCUGGAUCUCAUAUUUAACUUUCACAAGGCAUAUUAUGUGUUGGAUGAAGUUUUGAUUGCUGGUGAGCUCCAAGAAUCAAGCAAGAAAACUGUUGCGCGUCUGGUUGCCGCUCAGGAUUCUCUGGUGGAGGCUGCGAAAGAGCAAGCGAGCUCCAUAAGCAACAUCAUUGCCCAGGCUACGAAAUGAACGUCCCCUGCUCCUGCUGUAUGGUGAAGUCUCAAAAUGUUUUCAUGUUUAGCAUUCUGCGCGAGCGCGUGUGUGUCUGGUUUUGCUUUCCCUAAGAGCUUAACUCUGUUCGGUUGUUUGUGUUUACAGCAUUUAGAUGAUUGAUGCCACUUUAUGUAUAACAGAGUUUACAACAAUGAUGUUUACAAUGUAGCACUGCGUGUGUUAAUAAUGCUAGAUAUUAAUA